AUGGACAAAUCCAUCCUGCUGGAACUCCCCAUCCUGCUCUGCUGCUUUAGGGCAUUGUCUGGAUCACUUUUACAGAGAAAUGUUGCAGUCGAUGAAGAAGUUGUCAUCGAAGAUAAUUAUUCUAUUAUUGUUCAGUGUAGGAUGUGCCACCUCCAGUUCUCAGGAGAAAAGUGCUCCAGAGGAAGAGGAAUAUGCACAGCAACCACAGAAGAAUCCUGCGUGUUUGGGAGGAUUUCCAAAAGGGACGGUACUCCCUUUUUAAUCUUCAUGGGCUGCCAAAAGAACUGUGCUGAUGUAAAAGGCAUAAGGUGGAGUGUCUACUUUGUGAACUUCAAGUGCUGCAGGGACUACGACCUUUGCAAUGAAGACCUUUAGAAGUUGGUGGUUCUUCUGUGACUCUAAUUUCUGGGUGAGGUUGUUGCCUCAGCCUCUUCACAAUGACUUUCUAAACACACACACACACACACACGCACACACACACGCUACGGAAGAGGAUUGCAAACACAUGUCUCCACUUUUUGCACAUGAAUAAAAAAAUCCCUCUCCUUUUCUACUCUGUGUUGCCCCUUAAAAUAAGUAAAUAAAUAACCUUGAGAGCAAGAACAAGAUCAACAUAUCCUGCAGGUUGCUACAAACCCUAGCACUUUCACUUUAUAACCAAUUUGUUCAGAA